AUGAUCGAAACUCACUCGGCGGAAAAGCAGGAGGCCAUGGACUGGGACAUGGACAUGGUAGACGACCCCUUAGAAGAAAUCAGUAACCUCGAGUCCAAAUUUUACAACCAAGGUUAUGAUUCUGGCCACGCCCAUGGUAGACUUCACGGACUGUUCGAGGGCCGAGAGCUGGGAAAGGAGAAAGCGUGGGAGCUCUGGGAGGAGGUCGGCUUCUAUGACGGUUGGGCUUCUAUGUGGAUUCAAGUACUGCAAGCAAAGGCUGCUGCGUCUGGUACAGCGGGUAGCAAAAGAGGGAAAGAGGCGAGGGCUCUCAACCAUGCUCAAGUCCUGGUUGAACUGAUCAACACCUUCCCCACCAUCAACCCCACUCAGUCUAUCAAUUCCAACGCUGUUUCCGAGAUGGUCGACGACACCCCUGCAGCUGACAUUGACCUGGCUUCUCUCCUGUCUCUCAUCCGUGCUCGCUACCGCCUCCUCUGCUCCUCCCUCGGCACCAGGCCUCGUCUCGCGAGCGCCACCAUCGUCGAGGCCAAUCCAGGCUCCGGUGCUGCCGCGGCGGGAGGAACAGGAUCGGAUGGCGGUGAAGCGGAGGGAGUUGUACAAGGGAUUGAGGGGCCCAUGAAGGGUGUCGAUACUAGGCAAUUGAGGUUUUGA